CCUCCCCACAAACGCCGCUGUGAGACGACACCUGUCCCUUCCCCCUCUCUCUCUCUCUCUCCAACGCCGAGAUCCGCACCAGAAUUCGGAGCGGAGCAGAGCGAAAAAAGCAAAAAAAAAAAAGAAGAAAAAACUGCUCCCAUCUACUACGCACCAAAACAGGUUUUUGGUAGGGAGCGAUGAUGCAUCCCCAGCAGCUGGGAUCGGACGGCGAUGAUGGUCGGCCACCGGCGACGCCGCUCCCGCUGGCGCGGCAGGGGUCGGUGUACUCGCUCACGUUCGACGAGUUCCAGAGCACGCUCGGCGGGAUCGGGAAGGACUUCGGGUCCAUGAACAUGGACGAGCUGCUCAAGAACAUCUGGACCGCCGAGGAGAGCCAGGCCAUGGCCUCCGCCCUCGGCGGAGGGGCCGCAGCCGCCGCGGCCGCCGCGGCCGCCGCCGCCGCCGCCGCCGGAACCAUCGGAUCCGCCGGAGCUGCCGGUGGCGGCGUCGCUGGCGGCGGGGGUGGGCUCCAGCGGCAGGGGUCGCUGACGCUGCCGCGGACCCUGAGCCAGAAGACGGUCGACGAGGUUUGGCGCGACCUCAUACGGGAGGGCGCGCCGGGGCCGGUCGCGGGCGGGGGCGGAGGCGGAGGCGGAGGCGCAGGAGCGCCAGAUAUCCAACACCAGCGGCAGCCGACGCUCGGGGAGAUGACUCUGGAGGAGUUCUUGGUUAGAGCUGGCGUGGUCAGAGAAGACAUGACACAGCCGAGGACGCUCGGCGGGGGCAGUAACAAUACCAGCAGCAAUCCUCCCAAUAGUUUGUUCACCAGCAAUAAUACUCCCAGCAGUUUGUUCUACGGGAGUCUGCAGAGUUCGAAUGACACUGGGGGACUUGCUCUUGGGUUCGCUCAGACCCCCCGGAGUAAUGGGCAUUUAGUCACCCAUGGAAUUACUAACAAUUCGGCAGCCAAUCUUCCACUAACUUCGCCUGGCGCACGAUCGUAUGGGGCUUCAGUGCCUCUGGGGAGUAACACUGAUUUGGGCCACGUGCCGGGUAUGCGAGGAGGAGGGAUGAUGGGGAUCGGGGAUUCGGUUAUGAACAAUGGGUUGAUGCCAGGAGUGGUUGGAUUGGGUGGCGGCGGGGUCACGCUGGCGGCGGCGGGUUCACCAGCUAGUCAGAUUGGUUCGGAUGGGAUAGGGAAGGGGAAUGGGGAUCUGUCUUCACUGUCUCCAGUGCCAUAUGUGUUUAACGGAGGGCUGAGGGGGAGGAAGUGCGGUGGAGCCGUGGAGAAGGUGAUGGAGAGGAGGCAAAGGAGGAUGAUCAAGAACAGGGAGUCGGCUGCAAGAUCUCGCGCUCGUAAGCAGGCUUAUACAAUGGAAUUGGAAGCUGAAGUAGCAAAACUGAAAGAGCAGAAUCAAGAACUACAGAAAAAACAGGCUGAAAUGGAGAUGCAGAAAAACCAGGCAUCUUGGCAUGCUACUACCAGUUUGCCGCUCCUCUUCCUUCAAGAAGCCAAGUCAGCCUAAUUCUUUCACAGCUCUGUGUAAGGCUAGCUAGCUAAGAUCCAUAGGAAACAGACAGAAGAGAGACUCAGAAGGCCUUUAGGUUCAAGCACAAGAAUUAAGAAGAGAACAGAACUUCUCUAAAGAGCUCUUGAUUACAAUUCUUGGUGGUCUUAAGGAGCAAAUGUGCUCCACUCCUCACAAAGGCCCUGGAAAUGAUGAAUCAGCAGCACGGAGCGAAGAGACGGUGCCUGAGGAGGACGCAGACAGGUCCGUGGUAACAUUUGCGGCGUGCACAGUGAGGAAUUUAACAUGAUAUAGCAUAUUUUACUAUGAACUGCAGUUGUAUAUAUUGUAGGGAAUCUGUGUCCUCUGUUGUAAUUUAAUAAUCAGCAGGGUCAUCUUUGUAGAGUGAGAGUAUCCUGUCCAUGUGUACCAAUGGUGUGCUCGUCCCUUUGAUAAUCCUUGUUUGAUCCUUGACAGUGUAUUUUGCACUGUUUUCACUGCUUUGAAGUUCUGUGCAUGCACAUCUCAAGAAUGAUGCCUCUCUCAAUCCGUCCACGGUCCUUUAUCUUUGAAUUCUUCUUUUAGGUCCAUUUAGAUUCUCAUUAGCAUGCAGGCUGUUUGUUUUAAGUUUUAACUACAUGCCGUGACUGGUGACUUACUCAAAAGUCUAGGAACUGUGCCUUUUCCAGGCCAUUAGUUAUCUGUUUUUAGAGGUCUUUUGGUUGCUCUAUAAAACAUAUAUAGCUGUCCGAGUUUCGCCUCGAUUGGUGGUUUUAGUUGUCCGUAUGUGUAUUAUUUUUGCUGUUUGGAGUUAUUUAGCUGAAGAUCAUGUUGUAUAUUUAGAGUGGCGGGUUAAAAUUUCUGCAUGUAUAAUAGUGUUUUGUGAUGGUGGUGCUGCUGCUACCACUCUGUUUCUUGCCCUAGCGAACUUGUUCCUGACUGUAUGAUUUCCUAUGAGAAAGAUAUUUAGUUUUUUUUUUU